UUUAAGAUUAACAAUAAGUCUGUGAUUUGAGGUAAGUUACGUAAGUUACUGUCGCCAGAUGUCAGUAUUACGCAAAGUGAACUAUCAGUUAUAUCGGAUACGUAUUGUUUCUGGUGUUGAGGUAUUAAUAUUUCUCAGCAACAAUGGGUAAUACUACAGCAAUACUCAGAGGUUGGAAUGAUUACCCGGAAGGUGAUGUGGUUCCGUCAUUUGACCCGAUGUUAGGAUUUCCAAACGGUCGUAAAGAAAGAGAGAUGCCUUUAACUUUACAAGAAAUGAGAGCUGCAAGAAUUCCAUUACGUUUCAGGGACUAUUGCGCACACAAAUAUUUAGAAUUAGAGGCAUGCAAAAGACAAAAUAUUCCUUUGCCCUAUUAUUGCAGACACGAGCGACAUGCUUAUGACGUGUGUCUGACGGAAGAUUAUAUGUUACGGACAAAAGAGUAUGAAAGAGAGCGCAGACUUCGUAGACGACAAAGGAAGCAAGAAAAAGCCGCGAGUGUAGCAGCAGCAGCAUCUUAAUUUAAUACUGAACAGCUGCUGGUUGUUUUAGAACUUAUACAUAUAUAGACGGCUGUAGAUAUAUAAGUUAUAAAUAAAUAUUACUUCUUCGUUCCAUUCAAAA